AACCGUUUGGUAGGACGUAUAAGGGGAGUAUGAUAAUUUAACAGAAAUAAUUUGUUUCUUGUUUUUAUCUCUAGAACAUUUGAAAUUCCUCGAUAUGGCUACUUAUUAAUCUCUCGAAAUCUUUACCCAAACUUUGAUUCAUUUCUUUCCAUCCACUGCUCUAUUCUUCUACUCAAAUCAAUUUCUAGGAUGGACUUUUAUUUAACAAUGGGUUGCACUAGUUCAAAGCCAAAAGUAUGCCAAAAAUGCAACGCACACUAUUCUCCAGUGCAUCGAAGCUACUCGAUGAACAAACAUAUUCCUAUCGAUAAAGAAGAGUGUAGCAUCCAACUGGUCUCCCUCACUUCCUCAACAUUAGGAUCUUUGAGACUUGAUCCAAUGAAACAACAUAUCGAAGAUGAUGAAUUAUUGUUCAAAAAAGAUGACAUUGAUGAAGAGUUCGAAAUGGGGCUGAUUGAGACAAAGACAUGGUCUCAAAUGAUCAAUGAGAAAAUCCCACAAGUGAUUCCUAAGACUACAAUUAGAACUACUUCUGGUGGUGAGUCAGAGAGUGUCAAUGUUUGGGAAUUGAUGGAAGAUCUUGAAGAUACUAAUCUUCUUGCAUCUCCUCAUCGUGUCUGUAACUUUUCUUUCCAUGUGUUGGACAAUACGCCCCGACUGAAAUCAAACUGUGGAGUUGCUCAGCUUAAAUUGGUUCAACAGAAAAAAGAGAAAGUGAUUUUAUACUUCACAAGCCUGAGAGGAGUGAGGAAAACGUAUGAGGAUUGUUGUCAUGUUCGGAUGAUUUUGAAGGGACUAGGUGUUAAAAUCGAUGAAAGAGAUGUAUCGAUGCAUGCAGUGUUUAAGGAGGAGUUGAAAGAGUUACUACCAGGGGAACGAUGCGGAGGUGGGGUUUUGCUGCCAAGGGUAUUUAUGGGGAGAAAAUACAUUGGUGGGGUUGAUGAAAUAUGCAGAAUGGACGAAAAAAGACAGCUUGAGAAGGUAGUAGAAAGCUGUGAAAGGGUAGAAAAUGGAGUUUGUGAAGGCUGUGGAGAUGUUAGGUUUGUGCCAUGUGAGACAUGCUAUGGAAGUUGUAAAAUAUACUAUGAAGCAGAGAAUGAUGAAGAAGAUGAGUGUGGCUUCCAACGAUGCCCAGAUUGCAAUGAGAAUGGGCUUAUACAAUGUCUGAUUUGUUGUGAUUAUCAUUCAUCCGCUUGUAUGGGGCUAUCUAUUUACAAGGACGAAGACGAUCAAAGUUCAGGCCUAAGCUGAUGGGUAGGACUUAGGAGCGGUUCUAAGGCGAGUUUUACAGGUUCAACUGAAGCAUUAUUUUCAGCUCAAACUAUGUAUGCAUAUGCAAAACAAUUCUAAACCCUAAGAUUCUAGGUCCUGAACCUUCUUUUAGGCAAAGGCUUCAAGCAUCUAAACUAAUGCAAAUAUCAUCUAGCCAACAGAUUAUCCAACUUUUACUGCCUAUUCAGCACAUUAGUAGCAGCAGUAUAAUAGUA